CCAGUGUUUGCAUUAGUUGUUAAGUUGGACAGUGUGUGUGUUGUAUUGGUGAAACCACUCAGUGGACUCUGAACUGAUCUCAAACUGUAUUAAAAUGGUAAAAGGUGGAAAGCGAUAUUCUUCAAUGAGCAAUGAUGGCAAAUGGUUUGCUCAUCCAGUUUUACCAGAAAAUGAAACAAGGAGUCGUGAGACUUGUACAAGCACUGGGAUCAUGCUGACUCAGGUUAAAUCAUCAUUGCCUCAGGAUUUAAACUUGGAGCGCUAUCCUAAAUGGAAAACUCAGCAGGAAUCCAGAGAGUAUCCAUUCUCAGGCCAUGACAACAAGCAUUCCUUAAAAGACAACAUCUCUGUAUUCACUCAAGGUGUGGGACGCAGGAAGUGUCUUGACGAUCACCGACAGCACAACUCCCACUUCUGCCUGUGCCGUGAUGAAGAUGACAGCAGCUCUAGGGAGAACAUCACGGUCUACCAGACUGACUUUAUGGUGAAGCAGGCUGUUAAUGGUCCAACCAGCACCAGACGGUUCCCCCGCAACCACCAGCAGAAGUCUGCAGAGGCAGCUUUGGCACAAGCAGCGGAGCAAUUCAUGUGGUUCGGACGACAUGACUCUGACCUCAAAGACACCCUGCAGGCGCUGGCAGCUAACAACUACUCAGCACCUUCCAAGCACUGAGAUACUACUGAGAUACUUUACUAGAUGGUAUCAUUGAGAAGGCAUAGUAUAUAGAGGAUAUGAUGAACCCUCUGGACGGUCCAGCUGUCAAAUAAAGAAACUAAUAAUCAUCAGAUAGCCUUUUUCCUUGUUUUGAGCUGUAUUCCAGAAAGGAAAAAUAGGGAACUUUAUAAACAAGGUUUUAUUCCACAGCAACACUAAUUGGACUGGAAAGUGGACCGUUAACAAUCCACGUAAAGGAUCAGUGUGUAGGAUUUAGUGGCAUCUAGCUGUGGAGUUGCAGAUUGAAAACUGAAAACGGCUUGCAUCUAUAUUUGAUGACCUGGGAAUGAGAACAUGCUGUGAAGUGUGUUGUGGGAAAUUACGGUGGCCACGAAACUCAGGAAAAAUGCAAAAGGCUUGUUUGUCUGUUCAGGGCCACUCUAGAAACAUGGCAGUUCAACAUGGGGGACUCCAGGGAAGGCGACCCGCAGCAUCUGUAGAUAAAAAUGUCUCAUUCUAAGGUAACAAAAACACAAUAACCCCUACAUUCAUUAUACACUAAUGGGAACAUACCUAUGAAUAUUAUAUUCCAUUUCUGCCAAUAGGUCCUCCUAAAUGUUACACACUGGACCUUUUAAAGAGUACUCCACCAAUAUAGAAUCACGCUUAUAUAAACACUACACAACAUUGUCAGACUAUUUCAUGCAGUCUUCCUCUUUGGCAAAACCAGGCGAAAACAUUACCCAAAAUGCAACACAGCUACCGACAGCUUGUUCAGUGAUUCGGCUGGGUUAUGCCAGUAGCGACUCAAGUUUUUUUGUUUUGUUUUAUUACCACUGUGCACCACCAUCAUGUUCCUUUGCCUUAUUUUCAUUUUGAAACUUCACUUCAGUGUAGGUAAGGAGGCAUUUAUGUUAAGUUUAACUAAGUAGUAGAUGAAGCAAAAUGAGGAAGCACACUUAGUAUAUAAUGCAUAUACAAAUGCAUAAUGGAGGCAUCUAAACACAAUCAUGCAUAGUCAGAGCCACUUUAGGAGCCCUGUGUAGAUUAAUGGUAGUUCACAGUUCUGCCAGCAGAGGGCAGCAGGUCUGCACGAGUUAUCAGUUGGCCUGACGAUCCACUGAGUUGUUCAACAGCCAAGUUGAGUGAGAAAUGUAAUAACCAAAACCCCUGUGUAAUGUGCAUGCUCUGGAGAAAAUGUGGGGGGAAAAUAAUUCAGAAAAGAAUCCAGCUAUUUUUAUUCAAUGCAUAUCAACAUGAUGACAUUACAUUAGAGCAUGUGAAAUAAAUUAAGCUUGAUUUGA